CUUGAAGAUGACAAUACUUGCACAUGUGUUUGCUGAAAAUUCAAAGGGCAUUUUCGAGCAAUACGUGUGAGGCCAGCAGAGAAGAAAAAUCAGGACAGUGACCGAAGAAAUGCAUGUGUAGAGAAGAUUAUCAGAAAAAUAUGCAAUAUCCUUGCAUUAGAGAAGCCUCAGCCUGCUUUCACAUUUUCUGUAUGGAUCCGUCUUCUGACAAACUAGACUGCGCGAGUUCAAACCAUGAAUUCAAAGAUUCGACAAGUUCCUCUCUGUAUCCAUUCACUGAAUUCACAAAUCAUGAGUCUCUCCCUUCAUUGGCAGAAUUAUUCUCCAGUUUUACCAGAGCUUACCCGCAAUACUUAAAAACUUGUCAAGCUGAUCAAAUCCGAGAGCAAGAGUACUAUCAUCUAGUGAAUCAUGUAUGCCUAGAUUACAUAGGCAAUGGACUCUUCUCGUAUGAACAGCAACAGAGCCAUUACUCUGCCUCGGCAUCUACUUCUGCUCCUCUGUAUUCCAAUAGUUCUAGUGCACCCUUUUUUCAUAUAUCAAAUAAACCAGCAAAUUUGUAUUCUGUGCUGCAAUAUGGCGGACAAGAAUCAGAACUAGACUCCAUCAUACGGAAAAGAAUCACAAGCUUUAUGAACAUUUCUGAGGAUGAGUAUUCCAUGGUUUUCACUGCCAACCAAUCAUCCGCUUUUAGGCUUUUAGCUGAUAAUUAUCCGUUCAAGUCCAACAGAGAUCUUUUAACUGUCUAUGAUUAUGUGAACGAGGCUGUGGAGAUAUUGACCGAUUGCUCUAAAAAGAAAGGCGCGCGAGUAAUGUCAGCUGAAUUCUCAUGGCCAAAAAUGGGAAUCCACUCCAAGAACUUAAGCAAGAUGGUAACAAGUAAAUGCAAGAACAAAACGAGGGGCUUAUUCGUUUUCCCUCUUCAGUCAAGAACGACAGGAGCUCGGUAUUCAUAUCAGUGGCUACGCAAAGCACAGGAGAAUGGGUGGCAUGUCUUGCUAGAUUCUACUGCAUCAGAAGCUAAGGAAAUGGAGACUUUAGGCCUCUCCUUCUUCAGGCCAGAUUUUCUGUAUUGCUCCUUUUACAAGAUUUUUGGAGAAAAUCCGUCAGGUUUCGGUUGCCUUUUUGUGAAAAAAUCUAGUGCUGCGGUGUUUAAGAGUUCUACAGGCACAAGUAUAGGCAUUGUUAGUCUUUUCCCAGCUACAAAACAUGGUCAGUAUUUAGACAAAUCGUCUAGCUUUGACGUCGACCCUGAACACCAGCCAUCGCCAUCAGAACCGAAGAAAGCUAAUUUAGCCCACUCCAGUUCAUCCUGCAGUUCAGGGUCAAUUCAGCAAGAGAUAGUUUCUGAAAUCACUGAACUAGAUAACUCUCUCAACAUAACAGAUUUGGGAAACAGAGAUGCCACCAGUAGUGGAGCUUCUGAUAUCGAAUUUAGAGGCUUGGAUCAUGCAGAUUCAUUGGGCUUGAUACUCAUCCGUAGCAGAUCAAGGUACCUAGUCAAUUGGUUGAUAAACGCGAUGAUGAGCCUACAACACCCGCAUUCAGAAUUCGGGCUUCCAUUAGUGAAAAUAUAUGGACCAAAGGUAAAAUUCGACAGAGGACCAGCUCUUGCCUUCAAUAUAUUUGACUGGAAAGGAGGGAAGGUUGAUCCUCAACUUGUACAGAAACUAGCUGACAGAAACAACAUUUCUCUUGGUUUGGGAGCAUUGAAAAACAUUUGGUUCUCAGAUAAGCACGACGAAGAAAGCACCUUGCUGCAUACAAGAACUCCAGAGCACAGAAGACUAUUGAGAAACAAGAAAGAUAAAUUAAAUUUCAGCAUGUCUGUCUCAACAGCUUCAUUCGCGAUGCUGACAAACUUCCAAGACACAUACAGGCUCUGGGCAUUUACUUCCAAGUUUCUCGAUGCAGACUUCGUGGAGAAAGAGAGAUGGAGGUACACUGCUCUCAAUCAGAGAGCCAUUGAAGUGUAAAGCAUCCAUCAUUUAUGUUCAUACAAUUCUUCAUUCAUUUACAAAGUAAAUUUCUUCUAUUAGUACAA